CUGAUUCAAACGCUGCACCCGCAUAACAAAUAUUCAAGACUAAUAUACAAGGCUGAGAAAGACCCAACUCGCUUUGUGAUGGCACCAAAAAAUGAUGGUUUAUCCCAUUGUAAGCUGGCCCUGGUAUUUGCUGUGCUCACGGAUUUGAUUGGAGCCGUCGCUCUUCUCACCGGGGUGUUUGCUCCGCUGGAGAUACAAGGACAGGACUUUGGGGAUUUGAUGGUGUACACGGGAGCUCUGCUGGUGCUCAUGUCUCUGGCCGGGUGGGUGAUCUGGUACAGCGGGAACAUAGAAGGUCUCACCACGCAAAAGGAGCUGGGUGGUCCAGUAGGGGGCGCUGUGGACCGCCUCGCGCGCUCCCUAAGCCGCAGAAUACGACUCCCCAGGACCCGCAGCAGCCCCACAUGAGAAGAACUACAACUCCUCAUCCUCAUUAUGAAAGAAUAUUAGAGUACCUCAACCUGUGGACUAUUUUCCAACUAACCUAAAUAAUGUUCUUAUUUCAGUGUCUGACUUAAAUGUAUAGGAACCAGAGGUAGGGACUGUCUUGAGUCAGACUUGUAAGACUUGAGUCACUAUUUUUAGGACUUGAGACUUGACUUGAUAAAAUGGACUAAGACUUGGGACUCGACUUGGACUUGAAGGUCAGUGACUUGGGACUUGACUCGGACUUGAGGCCUGUGACAUGAGAAGACUUGAUAAACACUCAAAUCUGAAUUCUUUGUAUUCUGACUGUAAUGAUUCACUUGAUC